UACCAGUAGAAAUGACAUUUGAAAAAUUUGUGACAAAAUAAAAAAAAAACCCCCCGGUAUUUUGUUAAAUAUUCCAAAAGAAAAAAAAUUUAAACGAAACAUUGAAAAAAAUUUUAAUUUACCGAAAAUAUAUUUUUUAUUUCAUUUCAAAAAAAAAGGAAAUUCAAAAAAAAAUUUGGUUAUUUUGUGAAAAAUUACAAUUGUAUUUUUUUUCCUAAAUAAAAAUGUAUCGAUUUUUUUGUACACGAAUUAUUUUUUCCAAAAAUGGAAAUCAUCGAAUUCAUCAAAGUUCCCAACGAAAAUUAUCGGAAGCAGUGAAAAUUCAAGAAAAAUCCAAUUUUCCAGAAAGAGGCGAAAAGAAUGAAAAAGCGCGGGAAACGAAAUUAAAAAUCGUUAAAAUUUAUCGAUGGAAUCCCGAUAAUCCAACAAAAAAGCCAUAUAUUCAUGAAUAUAAAAUUGAUUUAAAUAAAUGUGGAACAAUGGUUCUUGAUAUUUUACAAUUAAUAAAAGAACAAGAUUCAAGUUUGGCUUUUAGAAGAUCAUGUCGCGAGGGAAUAUGCGGAAGUUGUUCAAUGAAUAUUAACGGCGUUAAUACACUCGCUUGUAUCACAAAAAUUAAUGAGGACCUUACAAAACCAUUAAUUAUUUAUCCUUUGCCGCAUACAUAUGUGAUACGUGAUUUGGUUCCGGAUAUGACGAGAUUUUUACAACAAUACAAAAGUAUUGAGCCAUAUUUAAAAAGACCCGGUGAGGAAACAUAUUUGGGCGAGAGGCAAAUUUUACAAACGCAGGAGGAGAGAAAAAAACUCGAUGGUCUUUAUGAAUGUAUUUUGUGUGGUUGUUGUUCUUUUGCAUGUCCACCAUAUUGGUGGCACGAGGAUAAAUAUUUGGGACCUGCUGUUUUAUUACAGGCUUACAGAUGGAUAAUGGAUUCUCGCGAUUUGUGUCACGAGGAAAGGUUGAAAAAUCUUCGCGACUAUUUUUCCGUUUUUCGAUGUCACACAAUUUUUAAUUGCACGAAAACGUGUCCAAAAGGUUUAAAUCCGGGCAAAGCUGUGGCACACAUAAAAAUGUAUUUAGCGGGAUUAAAAAAGAAACCAUCACCAAAACUUGAGAGUCCAUUGCCAAAUCCUUGUGUACCAAUUUCAAUUAAUAAAUAAAUAAAUUUAAUUACUUAAUUAAUUAAAGAAAUAAAACUGUUUUUUGAAAAUGAUUAAUAAAUUAAAUAAACAAG